UUAUUCCAACCGCUCGCGGAUACAGGAAAACACAACAGACAGAACAAACAUACAAAUUAAAUUACAUUAAUAUCACCAUGUGCACGUUUGCCUUGGUGGAGUGGACAGAAGGUAGUGACAAGGGACUUAGGAGCAUUCUGCCGAUUGACUGUGUUUGAGAUUUUCAUGAAGAGAAUUACUUGAAUGGCAACUCCUGAGGAGUUUUUGGUGGAAUGGCACCAUGGACGCAAGGGAGCUAAUAGACAGUGGCCGGUGUAUCAAGCCAGGAUCAUCAAGGUUGCAAAAUGGGAGAAGAGUCUGAAAAGAGUACUCUGUGAGAUGGAGACCAAUGACGAGGCUGACACUACUAAACGGGUUACCAAGCCCAAUUGGCGAUACGUCGACAGUGAUGAAGAGGAGGAGGAGAAGGGUCCUGCUAAGAAGAGGGCUCAUCUGGACGAAGAGGAGAGACCUAUUUCCAAGAAAAAGAUGCAGAGGGAGCAAGACACUUCAAUAUGGGAGAAGAAAAAAAUGCAGCAAUUCCAGACAACAAUUCAGGAGUUGAGGGAUGCAAACUUGGCCCUGAAAAAUGAAAAUGAUCAUUUGAAAGACCUCAUAAUAAAGCAUAUUCCUCAAAUGAAGGAGGACAUUGCCUCGCUUGCUGGAAGAUGUGCAGCAACCUCAAAACAAUUGCAGCCUCAAAAUACUGUGGCAGCUGCAGAGCCUCAGAAGAAGCAGCCUGGUGAUGACGAUGAUGAUGGUGGUGGUGAUGGUGGAAAUAACAACAAAAUCCAUGGAGAGAGAACCGAAGCGCCAGAUAACAGAAGCCCCAGAGACAAUUCUACAGAUGGCCAGUCCGCCCCUGAUACCACCUCUGGCACAGCAAUGGUGCGAACUCUCCUCCUCGGCACAUUUCCCCUUGAAACCCUGCUUCAGAGUAACCUCAACGGUGGCAAGCCAAAGCGAGGUGAUGGGGAGCAGCUGGAAGCCCUGGACCCAGGAAAAAAGGCGGCUAUAAUCGAGGCAACAAUGAAGAAGUGGCCACACACAACGAAGGGCCAGCUGGGUACAGCCAUCAACAACAAGCUGACAGAGCUCAGGGCUCGCCAAAAGCAGACAAAAAUAAUUGACAUUUAUUGACAAUAAAUGUAUGUUAAUGACUUA